GGGCAGACGUUGGAGCGCCGCGGCGGCGGGCGGGAGGCGGCGGCUCCUCCAUGCGCGGUGCGCGGGCGGCCGCGGGGCUUGCGCAGGUAGGGAGGGCCCCGCCGCGCUCAGAGCCUCCCCGGGCGCUUCUUGGAUCUCCUACUUUUUAAUCGCUACUUUUUCCCCAUUUUAAUACUUUUUUUUUUUUCCCCCGCUUACUACUGUUUUUCUUCUGUUACUAUUUUUGUUCUAUUACUAGUUUUCUAGUAUUACUUUUGAAGUGCUGUUUCCCCCUUUCAUCACUUAUUUUCCCCCUUUGUCACUUAUUUUCACCAUUUAUCACUUACUUUCCUCUUCUAUCACUUACUGUCUCAUUUUUAAUCACAGUUUCUCCUUCACAUCCCCAUUUCCCCCUUCAUAUCCCCGCUUCCCCCUUCAUAUCCCCGUUUCCCCCUUCAUAUCCCCGUUUCCCCCUUCUAUCUCCAUUUCCCCCCUCCGAUCCCCAUUCUCCCUUUUUAUCACUUUUUUCCUUUUUUUUAUCACUUUUCCCCCUCUUUUCGUCACUAUUCUCCCUUUUUUUCUAAUCCCCAUUUCCCCCUUCUACCCCCAUUACCCUCUUUUACCCCCAUUACCCUCUUUUACCCCAAUUUCCCCUUUUCAUCUCUUCUUUCCCCGUUUAUCCCCAUCUUACCCCCAUUCCCUUUUUUAUCCCCAUUUCCCCUCUCUCCCUCCCCCCCCCCCCCCAUCACUCCAACCCCGGGAGGACCGUGCGGAGCUCCUCCCGCCUUCAGCUCCUCUCUCCCUCUCCCGGCAGCGCAGCAGCGGAGCGGAGCGCUGAGCGGCGGCAGCAUGCGGCCGGGGGAUGUCUGAGGCGGGCGGCGGUGCGGCGGCGGCGGCCUCGCUGCCCCGGAGCCGCGCCGGAGGGAUGCGGGCGGCCUGGGGCUCCGUCUGGUGCCUGUGCCUGGCGGCGGCCGUCGGAGCGCUGCCGGCGGCGCGGCGGCGCGGAGCGGAGCGGAGCGGCGGGCAGGCGGCAGAAUACUUGAGGAGCGAGACCGCCUUUCUGGAAGAGUUGGUGUUUGGAAGUGGAGAUACCAUUGAACUUUCCUGUAACACCCAGAGCUCUUCUGUGUCAGUUUUCUGGUUUAAAGAUGGUAUUGGGAUUGCACCUUCCAACAGAACUCAUAUUGGACAAAAACUGUUGAAGAUAAUCAAUGUGUCAUAUGACGAUUCGGGGCUGUACAGUUGCAAGCCAAGGCAUUCCAACGAGGUCCUGGGAAACUUUACAGUCAGAGUGACAGAUUCCCCUUCGUCAGGUGAUGAUGAAGAUGAUGACGAUGAGUCAGAGGAUACAGGUGUCCCCUUCUGGACCCGGCCAGAUAAGAUGGAGAAGAAGCUGCUGGCAGUUCCUGCCGCCAACACCGUUCGCUUCCGAUGUCCAGCAGGUGGAAACCCAACUCCCACCAUUUACUGGCUGAAGAAUGGCAAAGAAUUCAAGGGAGAGCACAGGAUCGGGGGCAUCAAGUUGCGACACCAGCAGUGGAGCUUGGUGAUGGAGAGCGUUGUGCCAUCAGAUCGAGGAAACUACACCUGUGUUGUGGAGAACAAAUAUGGCAAUAUUAGGCACACAUACCAGCUUGAUGUUUUAGAACGGUCACCCCACCGACCAAUCCUACAAGCAGGACUCCCUGCCAAUCAGACUGUGGUGGUCGGGAGCAAUGUGGAAUUUCACUGCAAGGUCUACAGCGAUGCCCAGCCCCAUAUCCAGUGGCUGAAACACGUAGAAGUCAACGGCAGCAAGUAUGGACCUGAUGGGACACCCUAUGUCACAGUGCUGAAGUCUUGGAUCAGUAAAAACGCUGAAGCCGAUGCUAACCUAAAUCUGUUCAAUGUGACAGAACAAGAUGAAGGAGAAUAUCUGUGUAGAGCCAACAAUUUCGUAGGCAUAGCCGAAAAGCCAUUUUGGCUCCACAUUCGCAAACCAAAACCAGCAGAGGAGCUGAUGGAAAUGGAUGAUUCGGGCUCAGUGUACGCUGGCAUUCUCAGCUAUGGCACUGGCUUAGUCCUCUUCAUCCUGGUGCUGGUCAUUGUGAUUAUCUGCAGGAUGAAAAUGCCAAACAAAAAGGCCAUGAACACCACCACUGUACAGAAAGUCUCCAAAUUUCCACUCAAGAGACAGGUAACAGUGUCGUUGGAGUCCAACUCUUCCAUGAAUUCCAACACACCCCUGGUCCGGAUCACUCGUCUCUCCUCCAGCGAUGGGCCGAUGCUGGCCAACGUCUCUGAGCUGGAACUUCCUCCAGAUCCCAAGUGGGAAUUGGCACGUUCUCGCCUGACCCUGGGGAAGCCGCUUGGUGAGGGCUGUUUUGGCCAAGUGGUGAUGGCGGAAGCAAUUGGGAUUGAUAAAGACAAGCCAAACAAGGCCAUCACCGUGGCUGUCAAGAUGUUAAAAGAUGAUGCCACAGACAAGGACCUUUCAGACCUGGUCUCUGAGAUGGAAAUGAUGAAAAUGAUUGGGAAGCACAAAAACAUCAUUAACCUGCUCGGUGCUUGCACGCAGGACGGACCGCUCUACGUGUUGGUUGAAUAUGCAUCGAAGGGGAACUUGCGGGAAUACCUCAGGGCACGUCGCCCACCUGGCAUGGACUAUUCCUUCGACACCUGCAAGCUGCCCGAGGAGCAGUUGACAUUUAAAGACCUGGUUUCCUGCGCCUACCAGGUGGCCCGGGGCAUGGAGUACUUGGCGUCACAGAAAUGCAUUCAUCGUGACUUGGCAGCCAGGAAUGUGUUAGUCACUGAGGACAAUGUGAUGAAAAUAGCUGAUUUUGGCCUUGCUAGAGACGUUCACAACAUCGACUAUUACAAGAAAACCACCAAUGGUCGGCUGCCUGUGAAAUGGAUGGCUCCAGAAGCAUUGUUUGACCGGGUCUAUACUCACCAGAGCGAUGUCUGGUCUUUUGGAGUGCUACUAUGGGAGAUCUUCACUUUGGGAGGGUCUCCGUACCCGGGAAUUCCUGUUGAAGAACUCUUCAAACUCUUGAAAGAAGGCCAUCGGAUGGAUAAACCCGCCAACUGCACCCACGACCUGUACAUGAUCAUGCGGGAGUGCUGGCACGCUGUCCCCUCGCAGCGACCCACAUUCAAGCAGCUGGUGGAAGACCUGGACAGAGUCCUCACCAUGACAUCCACUGAUGAGUACCUGGACCUCUCGGUGCCCUUUGAGCAAUACUCACCCGCUGGCCAGGACACCCACAGCACCUGCUCCUCAGGGGACGACUCGGUUUUUGCACAUGACCUGCUGCCUGAUGAGCCCUGCCUGCCCAAGCACGUGCCCUGUAAUGGCGUCAUCCGCACGUGACGGCCCCCCAGGACAGACAGAUGGACAGACAGGCAGUGUUCCCACCCUGGCGCAAGCGCAGAGCGCCGAAGACAAACCCAUAGUGAAGGAUGUUUCCAUGAAACUGCUCGGUGAUGCCGGAGGAUUUUUGUUGUCGAGUUUUUUUUUGUUUUGUUUGGUUGGUUUUUUUCCCAUUUGCUGUAUAAAAAGUCAAGAAGCACUGUUUGGCCUGAAGGAACUCAUCUCUUGCCAAGAUGAUCUAUCGUGUAUGAUUUUUAUUAUUAUUAUUAUUAUUAUUUUUCUUUUUUCCUAAGCAGAAUGUUAAACCUGAGGGUACUGCCCUCCUGCCUGCGCUUGCCGAGCGCCUGAGUAGCCAAUCUGUGCCUACUAUAUGAAAAAGAGGAAAAAAAUCUUCCUAGAAGAAGAAAAGCUAAUGAAAAAAAAAAUGUAAAGAAUGUAGAAAUUCUUUGCUUAUGCAAUCUGUACAUGAACCUUUUUGGUGGAGCUGAAAAGCCACGUUGCCUGCAGGGAUUCAUAUAUUUAUAGAAAUAUCUAUAUUUUUGUUGUCGUCGUUUUUAUAGCUUCGUGACCUUAUUUCCCAGCUACAUAGAAGGAAUCUUGUCCAGAAGAAGAAGAAAAAUAAAUAAAUGAUACGCAAAUCAACAUGGAGGAAGAAUUAAAAAUAAUUAAAAUAAAAAAAAAAGACAGUCAAGUCAUCCUAUAGGAGGAGAGCACCGCCUGGCCGCUGGCCAUGUCCUGUAGGGAUUGCACACCCAUGUGGCAUCUUGAGCUGUGUCCCAGCCUGCAGGAAGAGCCAAUGUGGGGAAAAUCUUGCUUUUUGGAGACGGGGGUUUGCAUACUUUUGCUUACAAAGGGCAAGUUGUAGGGGAGAAGCUCCUCCAGCCCUUGGCACCAGCGGUUUGGCUCCAUCUACAUGCAGUGACUUGGAGAAAGAAGUUACGGGUACCUGUAGGCAAGAGCCUUUAACUUAUAUCAAAAAGGUUUAUUCCAGAGAAUCUGUGUAUAUAUCUAUAAAUAUAUCCUGUAUAUAUAUAAAUAAAUAUAUGGGGAAAAAAAAAAAAGAAUGUAUAAUACUAAUUCAACGUAAAGCAGUACUGAGAGAGAGUCUCAAAAUACGAGCAUUGCAAUCUAGGAUAUACUGAUCUGGGUGAAAGAGAAGAGUUGUGUUUGUUUUAUAUCUUCACAGUUUUGUUUUAAAAAUUGUACGUUAACAUGUAUAUUUGUAAAGUUAUUUAUAGACAUUAACAGAUCUGUUCUUCGGUUUAAAUAGCGUAGCGUUACUGUAAACUUUAAAUUUCACCGAGUUUAAGGGUCGUUUUUUUUUUAACUUAUUAAAAAUGGAGAAAAAGUAUAUUAAUCAAGUUUUUCUUUUGUGUUUAUGGGAAAUAUUGAAAGAAUGUAUAGAUGUACAGUCCUUUAACAAAUUACAUUUAAUGUUUUAUAUAUAUAUAUAUAUAUAUAUAUGUAUUCGUUAAAAAAAAUAUUAGUUUAUCCUGGAUUGCAGUGAGCAAAGGUAAGUUUAUUUUUCAAUACAUCACCAGUGGUUAAAACCAAACCAAUAGCAGAGAGAUGGUUUUUACGUAUUUCAGAAAAAAAGAGGGCCAAGAUUUCUUCCAUCACUUUAACCACUGUGCAUUACAGGGGCGUGGGUGUUUAUUUUUCUAUUUUGGAAUGAAGGUAUUCUUUGUGGUCGAGUCAAUAAGAAGCACGCAGCAAAGCAACGUGUUGACUUUGGAUGACGCGCAUUAAUUUUUUUUCCCCCUGUGCCAGUAAUGUUGUAUUUUGGGUUUAAGAAAUACCAUACGGGCAAAAUAGAGAGAGGAGCGACAUUGUUUGCAGGGGAGAUGUAACGACUGCAUAUUUCUUUUGCAUUUAACACAUUGAAAAAUGCCAGUGAUGCCUAGUUUUCUGUGUUCGAAAUGCUGUGCUUUUUUUGUUCCUGAAUGUCAGACAGCACAUGAGUGAAAAAAGAACCUUCACGUGGCUCAGGCUGACGAGGGGGGGAGGUUUGGGGUGGGCUUUUUUUGUUGUUAUUUGUUCCUUUUUUUUUCCUUUUUUUUUUUUUUUUUGUCCAGAAGACUGUAUCUACUACCACAAAGAGGCAAGGAGAAUUGCAUCCUGAAUUCCUCCUUUAUGUUUUGCUCUGGUGCAUAUUACAUAUCAAGGUUUCAGAAUAGCAGGAUGGCAGCAUCUCAUUUUUAAGGUGGUUUGUUGUUUUUUUUUGGGGUUUUUUUUUUUUUUCCUUCUUAGAGCCACAAAAUCCUUACCCUAAAAUAAAUAAUUUAUAGUUUGAGGUUAUUUCAAUGGAAGUUUGAGAAGGUAGAUUUCUAUAGAAUUUUGUUUUGUUGGGAUAAAAAAAAAAAGAAAAAAAAGAAUUUUUUGGUAUUUUCUUACAAAUGUCUGCUAAUUGUGUACAUUCCAAGUACUCGAAGCGUUGCGUUUCGUGUACUGAAAAAAGAAAAUGUACAAAACUGUGCAUGAUUUCAAAUGUUACUAGAUAUUAUAAAUAUAUAUAUAAUUUAUUGAGUUUUUACAAGAUGUAUCUGUUGUAGACUUGUUGACUUAACAUUUCUUAUUCAAUGCUUAUAUAGUUUUAUAGCCUGGACUGUUAUCUUUAAGAGCUUAAAAAAAUUAAAAUUCCAAUUUUGUUACAUUUUAUACUGUUGAUGUUACAAUCCACAGGUUUGCGUAGCGUGAUUUUUCAACGAGCAACUCUGUUCAGUUUAUUUUAAUAAUGUACUUCUGUGCCUGACAGCUGCAGCUGUCCAAGGUGUGAGACAAACACUAAAUAAAACUAUUCUGCUUUUGUUAA